CCAAGUCCAAGUGCCUCCUCGAUCCUUGUCCGGUCGUCCCUCUCGAACUCGAGCACGCAGCCGGCAGGGAAGAGACAAGCGCCGGAGCCAGAGAAGCCUGCGGCCAGGCCACUAGGCCAGGGUACUCCGGGGAGGCGAGGGAGCGCUUGAGGGCAACAGGAAAUUGCAUUUUCGUUUUGACCUUGGGCCCCUGCUGUCCCACCGCCGGUAAUGGCGGCGAAGGUGCGGUUCGGCCUACUGGUGGCGAUGUUCCAGGCCAUGUCGGGCGACAAGAGUUCGGCGAAGAAGCGCGGCCGCCUGCGCGCGUUCCUCGACCGCGCCUACGUGCCCUGUGGCGGUAGGGAUGACUACUUCAGCGCGCUCCGCCUCGUGCUGCCGGGGCUCGACCGUGAGCGCGGCUCCUACGGUCUCAAGGAGGCGGCCCUCGCCGCCGUGCUUGUGGACGCCCUUGGCAUCGCCAAGGACUCUACCGACGCCGUCCGGCUCACCAACUGGCGCCGCGGUGGGGGUGGCCGCAACGCCGGCAACUUUUCGCUUGUGGCCGCUGAGAUCUUGCAACGGAGGCAAGGUAUAACUUCUGGCGGAUUGACGAUAAAGGAGGUCAAUGAUGCACUUGAUCGUCUAGCUACAACUGAGAACAGGUCUGAGAAGGCUUUAAUACUUUCCAAUCUGAUCAAGAAAACCAAUGCCCUUGAAAUGAAGUGGCUUCUGAUGAUAAUUCUUAAAGAUUUGAAAUUAGGGAUAAGCGAGAAGAGCAUAUUCGAAGAAUUUCAUCCUGAUGCGCAAGACUUGUUCAAUGUCACUUGUGACUUGAAAUUUGUCUGUGAGAAGCUCAAUGAUCGAAGCCAAAGGCAUAAACGCCAGGAUAUAGAAAUUGGGAAGGCUGUCAGGCCUCAGCUAGCUUUGAGAGUUCGUGAUUCUUCAGUUGCUUGGAAGAAGCUUCAUGGAAAACAAGUAGUUGCUGAGUGCAAAUUUGAUGGUGACCGUAUUCAAAUCCACAAAAAUGGGGAAGAGAUUCAUUUCUUCUCUAGGAGCUUUCUUGAUCACACUGAAUACGCACCUGGGAUGUCAAAGAUUAUUAAAGAAAAUAUCUUGGUUGACAGAUGUAUAUUGGACGGAGAAAUGCUUGUCUGGGACACUGUACUUAACCGUUUUGCUGAAUUUGGCUCAAACCAGGAAAUAGCUAAGGCUGCAAGAGAGGGAUUGGAGACUGAUCGACAGUUGUGUUAUGUUGUUUUUGACAUCCUUUAUGCUGGAGACACCAGUGUUAUCCACCAAAGUUUGACGGAGCGGCAUCAAAUUCUGCAGAAGGUUGUGAAACAGUUAAAGGGUCAUCUUGAGAUUUUGAUCCCAAGACGUGGUUUAAAUGUCCCUCGCCCUUCAGAUGAACCAUGCUGGUCGAUUAUUGCACAUAAUGCUGAAGACGUUGAUAAAUUCUUCAAAGAGACUAUCGAGAACAGAGAUGAGGGCAUUGUACUGAAGGACCUUGAUUCCAAAUGGGAACCUGGUGAUCGAAAUGGAAAGUGGCUUAAACUAAAGCCUGAUUAUAUACACGCGGGUGCCGAUCUGGAUGUUAUUAUUAUAGGGGGAUACUAUGGAUCAGGACGUCAAGGUGGAGAGGUCGCACAGUUUUUAGUUGGCCUUGCAGUCCCUUCAGAUGAUAAUAGUUAUCCCAAAAGGUUCCUUUCGUUUUGCCGAGUUGGUACUGGCCUCUCUGAUGAAGAGCGUGAUGCUCUUGUCACCAAACUGAACCCUUAUUUCAGGAAAAAUGAGUACCCCAAAAAACCACCAAAAUUCUAUGAAGUUACAAAUAACUCAAAGGAGAGACCAGAUGUUUGGAUUGAAAGUCCUGAUAAGUCAGUCAUAAUAUCUGUAACAAGUGACAUUCGUACAAUCAAGUCUGAGGUAUUUGCUGCUCCAUACUGUUUGAGGUUCCCCCGUAUUCAGCGAGUGAGAUAUGACAAGCCAUGGCAUGAGUGCCUUGAUGUGCAGGCAUUUGUGGACAUUGUGCAUUCAAAUAAUGGUACAAUACAAAGGGUGGCAGAUGAUAAUAGCCUGAAGAAUGAUGACACAAAACAUUCAAGAACAAACAAAAAAGUAGAGAAGUGUGUCUCAAUCAUCCCUUCACAUUUCAUGAAAACUGAUGUAUCAGGUCUCAAGGGAGAAACCUUGAUAUUUGCCAACCUGAUUUUCUAUUUUGUCAACAUUCCAUCAUCAUAUAAUCUCGAAUAUUUUCAUAAACUGGUUGUGGAAAAUGGGGGAUCUUUCUCCAUGAAUCUCAAUGACUCUGUUACACACUGCAUAGCUGCGGAGAAGAAAGGUAUCAAAUAUCAGGCAGCUUUACGACAGGGAAGAAUCAUUCACUAUGAGUGGAUAUUAGACUGUUGCAAGGAAAAACAUCUUCUUCAUUUGCAUCCUAGGUAUAUACUAUUUAUUGCUGAUUUCGCUAGGCACAAAUUUCCUGAAGAGAUCGAUUCAUACGCUGACUAUUACUACUGGGACAUUGAAAUUGCUGACCUCAAGCAGAUUUUCUGUAACAUUGACAAAGUUUCUGGUGAUUCAAACAUGGUUAUUCAGUACAAAAAGAAGCAUUGCAUAGAUGAAAGAUUCUGUUUCUUCCAGGGUUGCUGUGUCUACUUGCAUAAUGCGCCCUUAGUGAAUGCGGACUACAAUGUAAUAUCUGAUCUUGCACUGAAGAGGGUGAAGCAGGAUCUAACAAUGCAUGGUGGUCAAGUCUGCAGCAGUAUUGCUCCAGCUACUCAUUUGGUAGUAGUUUCGGUUUUACAGGUCUAUAACUUUGAUAACCUGUACAAGAGCUUCCCUCCCGCUGAAAGACGUUAUCUACAUGACAAAAGAUUACAUGUUGUCAGUAACAAGUGGUUGGAAGAUUCAGUGGAGAAACAAAUGAAGCUCUCUGAAACUGCUUACAGCCUUAAACCAGAUACACUAGAAGAACUAGAAAUUAAAAGGAGUGAGGAAAAUGUUCAGCCUCCGGAGCAUAAGUUUGAGGAACACAAGGAGGUUGAAAGAUCUCAUGCGGAAAAUAUGCCAAGGAAAAGGAGUAGGCCAACCAGUUCAAGAACUGCAAGGGCUGCUCCUAGAGCAGUCCGCCGAAUAAGGCCUAGAAGAGGAAACCAGAAAGCAAAAAUAGGUGAUGUUGAAUCUGAAGAAAGUGGCCCCAGCGAAUGCCAAGAUGAUGAAAAUUUGGACACAGAUGAUACCUCUAAGAUUGAAGAAGGUAUUACCAACAAAAACAAAGGACUCCCUGCACCUGCUUCAAAACCAGCCUGGAGAACAGGGGCUACAAAAGGAAAUCAGCAUACAAAAAUAGAUGACAGCGGAUCUGAAGAAAGUGGGCCUUGUGAAACAGCGCAAGAUGAUUACAUCUCUAAGAUGGAAGUAGAUAACAUUGAUAAUGACCGUGGACCACCGCCAGGUGCUCAGCUUUUCACGUUGGGGGAGCAAGAGGUCAAAGGUGUCAAAUUGAACACCGUGGAGGAGAAACAAGACAGCCCUUUCCAGAGAACAACCGCUGCUGAAGCGAUGAGUAGCACGCCUGGUGAGAAGAUAGAACAAAUGGCUGAUCCGUUGCACGCCAUGCUUCUGGAUAUGUUGCCACUCCUGGGCCAGAAAAGGACAGAAGAUACAAGCAAGGCGCCCUUGGCGAAAGCUGAGAAGGAUCCACCUGCGAUAGGAAGCUCCACAUCCAAUUCUGAGAUUCUGUUGCCAGAUGCUGGAACAUCCGGGGUUCCAGCCCCAGAGCCAAGUGCAGCUCCACCAAAGAAGAAAAAAGUGAGUUACAGAGAUGUCGUUAGUGAACUUCUGAAAGAUUGGUGAGCGAGCUUGGUCAGUGGGGAUAGCCUGCAGUCUAUGUUUUACUCCCGUAAUCGCUAUCUUUGUAAAUAGGACAGCGCCAUCUAAGUAACCAUGUUUGUAGGGUCACCUUGGCUGCUUGUCGUGCCCUGCCCUCUGGAGCUCACUUGUUUUGCCUGUUGAGAAUUUUGACUGUUAAGCCUAACAACACUGACGUUGAGUUGGACCAAUAUGCACGCGGAAUGCUAGGAUUCUACAAAGUGGAAGUGGAAGCCUGUUGUCCGCUCUCUGCAAUUGGUUUUGGAUCUUUGCACUGCAGCCAAUGUUGUCGCUUUCGCUGUAUACGAGAAUGUGGUCUGAGCCGAAGCCGAGAAAGAGGAAGCUCUCCGUUUGGCGGCCUCGGCGUGUGGUCGUCGUGCGCUGUGCCGUGCCGGGCCGAGUCGGUUUACCACCAAACUGGCGUGUGUCUGAAACGAAAAGGAGGGGAAUGGAGUCAUGGAGAUUUGUCGCCGAAUCGCCGUUAUUUCACGCUUGUCGGACCAUUCACUGUUGCUCGAUCGAGUCUCGACUCUCGACUGUGCAAGUCGUUGGAUUGGACAUUUGGACCACAGCAGAGUCUGUAGAGGUAGUAGCAGUAUUCACCAACGUACUGACUGGAUUAUUCUCUCUCUUUUAAAAGAAACCCUGACUGGAUUUUUCUUC